AUGUCAAACCAACCUGCCCAACCUCGCCCAUGGUUUCGUUUGCCAUCAAUAGCUCGGCCAGCUGCCCCUGCUCCAACCCCAACUCCACAGCCGCCGCCUCCACAACCCCGUCCAGCUAUUGCUCGACCUGCAUUUAGGCCAGGUGGUCUGCCUCAGCCUGUGCCAACACAGGCCCAAGAUACCACUCCUGCAGCACCUCCUUCUGCUGCCGCAGUGCCACCGCCUGUAGGUGCUCCCCCACGAGAAUCAUUGCCACCUGCUGCUGGUGCUGCUUCAGUUCCAACAUCUCCAGCCUUAAGAGCUGCAGGUGGUGUUGCAUCUGUACCAUCAUCCCCAGCUCCAAGAGCACCUGCUCCUUCAUCUUCAGUGCCAACUUCUCCUGUCCCUACUUCCACUGGGCUUCCACUCCCUGCCUCUUCACUUCAACUUUCUCCAACUUCCAAACUAGUGACAACUUCCUCUUCAGUUCCUACCUCUCCUACUCCUAAACCAGCUCCAUCUGCUUCUAUCCCAACUUCUCCUGCUACUAAGUUAGUGACAACCACAUCCUCAGUACCAUCUUCUCCUGCUCCUAAGCCAGUGACAGUCACAUCCUCAGUGCCAUCUUCUCCAGCCACUAAAACUGUAACCACCAGCGCAACUCGUGUGCCUAGCCCCGGACCAUCUCUGAGAAGCACCAAGCCUGCAGUUCAAACCCCACCUCAAUCACCUAAGGCUAAGCCCACUGCUCCACCACCUUCUCCUCUAACACUUCCGCCUUCCCAAGUAGAAUCUGAUUCAGAUCUUGAACCCAGGAUUCCAUUGGUGGCACAGCAAAAAACUGUGUUGGUUCAAAAGACUGUUGACAAGCCUAAGGUGGCGCGUGAUUUGCAGAGGGGCUUUGCAGACAGUCUCAGCUCUGGCAUUGCUCAUCUUGCAAAGCAAGAAACUGCCAAAGAUGUUCAAACAAAGGAGAAAGGUAACCGCAAGAAGAUUUCUUCAGAUUCUGAGGAUGCUGGCAUGAGGGUAAUCACAAUUGCCGGUGAAAACAAAGGUGCUUUCAUGGAAGUAAUCCAUUCUCCCAGGAAGCAUGUUUUUGAAGGAAAUUCUCAUGUUCUCCACAAGAACGGUAAUCCUAGAGGUGAAGGCAGUGAUUGGGGAAGCCACAGCAGCAGUGGUGAAGAAGGCAACAGCAAGAAGAAGGACAAGAACCACAAAGGAAAAGCAGCGGGGCCAUCACCUAUGAGUGCAUUUAUGAACAGUAAUGUGCAAGCUGUUAACAAUUCAAUCGUUUACAAUUCUUCAUGCAGUCAUCAUGAUCCUGGGGUGCAUGUUGCCCUCUCUAGAAAACCAGCUGGUGCUGCUGGAUUCCAUGUCAAGGACCGUGGCAAUGGCUACCACAGUUGA